GCCGCCUGGGCUUCCGUUGUUGCCUAGGAGACAGGACCCGUCCCGCUCCCACUCGGGCGCCCAGAGCCUUGAGCCAGUGGAACGGGGGCCUCCAUCCGCACCUGCUGCGUGAGCCAAAGCGUAUUCUUCGUUUUGCCACAACUAGGACAUGAAGCCUGUGACUCAGCUGACAGAAUAGUGUAUGGACGAAUGGGACAGAAUAGCGCGACGGUGACGUUUGCAGACUCCGGAGUCUCACUGCAGCUAUCUAAGAGCACACCUCCUCUGACUUCUUUCUGUGUGUCACAGUGGGUAUUGUUACAUAAUUGCUUUAAUGAAGAAUGUGAGCUGUUUCAUCUUCUUAGUUUCUACUUGUCAGAGUGUCUCUAUAUUUAAAACCGAGCGUGCUGAGGUCCUCGGAGAACACUGUCUUGUGGACAAGAACGUGCUUCCCCGGCUCGGCUCAGGGUGCGAGGUGCGUGGCUGAGCGCACGUGGCCUUGGGCAACCACAGGACGGCGCUGCCCAGAGCAACCCAUUCCACCUGAGCAGCGCAGGGCGCACCGGGCCAUGUGCUCACCUGCCCCACCUGCCCUGCGCGCUGCCCCUCCCCAGACGAGGACUAUGGGUGAGGAGGAAAGGGUGCCAGCCACACGGGUGAAGCCCAAGUCCAGGGCGGCAGUGACGUUCGGGGACCUGGCCAUCUACUUCUCCCAGGAGGAGUGGGAGUGGCUGAGCCCCGCGCAGAGAGGUCUGUACAAGGACGUCAUGUUGGAGAACUACCAGACCCUGGUCUCUCUCGGACUGUCCCGUCAGAAGCCAAAUAUGAUCGCCUUGUUGGAGAAAGGGAAAGCACCCUGGAUGGAGAGAUUCGUGAGAAGACCCCGCGGCCUGGGAGGCUGCAAGGACAACAGACGCGUUCAGGUGGGUGGGGCUGCCUGCCCCGCAUGGAGGCAGGUCCCGCAGCAGAAAAUGCCUGAAGAGCAAUGUACCUCUGAAACUGAAAGAAGGCGAAGGCGGCCCGGGCCACAGAAUUUAUCUGAAGAGCAACUAUUGGCAAAACGCAGAUCUGCAGCCGAAAGGAGCCGGCGUUAUCGACAGAAAAUGUCUGCAGAGCAACGUGCCUCUGACACUGAAAGAAGGCGGCGUUGGCGACAGAACUUAUCUGAAGAGCAACUAUUGGCACAACGUAGAUCUGAAGCUGAAAGAAGCCAGCGUUAUCGACAGAAAAUGUCUGAACAGCAACGUGCCUCUGAAGUUGAAAAAAGGCGGCGGCGCGACAGAAUGUAUCUAACGGGGAACUAUUGGCACAAUGUACCUCAUUAAAUGUGAGGCUACACGUGCGAUCAUUUCUC